CCACCGCGGUCCCCCCCGGCCCCCCGGGCACCGGGCGAGCCCCCUCCGUGUCCUCGACUUUGAGCUCGGAUCAAGGACUGCCCCGACACUGGGUCAGUAGUGGCGUGUCCUCGCCGUCCGUCGCGCUGUGUCCGUGGUGCCCGCUCUUCCCGUGUCCGCUCCUGUUCCCUGUGCCUUGGCCCGCGCCUAGCGCCUCUCCCGAACAUGUUUCCUCGUACUGUUAUUUUGGUUACCGUAUGUGUUCUAUGCGCUGUGUCUCUAUGUUCUGCCAUCAUCGCUCAGCCUCAAAGCUACGCGCCUCUACCACCGCAAGAGGAAGCUGACCCGGAAGAGACACCGGAGGGAUACUACGCCUUCAUCGAGUCCGCCAAGUCCGAGCCCCCGCAAGUCAGACCCCCGCCCUACUUCAAAUCCAACAAAAUGUGUCCAGGUGCUGGAAUGGUGGGACCAGUCAAGUCACUAAAUAACCUAUGUGGAGAUUUAAAUAAAGGAUUCAUUCCGAUCAAUCCGAUGCGGCAGAAUGUGUUAGGGGCUCCAUAUCCUUUUGAUCUUCUGAAAAACAAAACAUUAGAAUUUUUCAGUAAAACCUUACCAAUCCUGAAAGCAGACGAGACACUGCCAAAAGUUGCUCGUCAAGAACCAGACCUAUCGAUGUACCAGUCUUAUGCACCAACAACUUAUACGAAUCUACCACCUCCUCGUUACAGUCCCAGUAGUAGAUCCAAGAGGUCAGCAGAGUCUAAUUCAACCCUUGGCCUGGAGAUGAAAAACCCUCCUCCUCAGCUCGAUAAUGAAACAGGUGCUCCACCUGUAAAUAUUACUAUUGCCAGGAGGACAUCUAGGAAAUUCUGCGACAAUGGCGGAGGGAUUUUGUGCAUGUUGUACAAAGCAAUCCAAGGACGACCUCUAGGCUCUGGUAUGAUUGAGAGGAGGGACGAUGAGUCACUUGACUACCGAACGAAGACUGACAGCACCAAUGGUUUGCCAUUAGAUGGACCACCAACUCCCUGUCCAGCAAAGGUGGAGUAUGCAACACCUGUGUUUGCCAGAAAUUAUCAAGGAGUUUGGCGAUAUGUGGUUCAAAUUCCAUAUGAAGGAUACUUCACACAAACAGUAGAAGUAACAAGAUGCGUACAAAGUAAGUGUCACUACAUGGACGGUGGUUGUCUAUCUUCUCCAAGAUGGGCAAGUUUACUUGUAGCUGAAAUUUUCUACCCUGACACUUUCUUGCCAUCAAAUAGACGGCAACCAGUUGUGCAUCGAACUCCAGUGGCUGGAGAGGAGCCACCUGCAGUUCAAGACUUCCAACAAUAUCAGCAAUAUUUACAAAAAAGAGCUGGCUCUGAAAACUCAACUCCUAGCAGUAAGCGUUCACACUGCGAUGGCGUUGAUCAGCUGGGUUGCUUCCAGGUCCGUCUAUACUAUGACUGGUUCUUAAUCCCUGGAAGCUGUAAAUGCUGGAGGCCUGAUUACUUCUCGAGGUAUGUUCGGAGAAAACAUAUGGGCUCUGAACUUUAGGGACUAGAAAAUUUGUUUUUGAGAAAUUAUGCCAUCCUUGAAGGCCUGUUUUCCACAGUAUCAAUGAUCUACAUUGCCAAUUUGUUUGGCACCUUCAGUGUAUCUGAGGGCCACCUUGAUUUAUGAAGUUUUAAGCUCUCUUGUGCUCAAAAAAUCAAAGAUUUGCCAUAAUUUACAACCACAUAACUGAGCAUCCAUUGAUUAGAGUUAACACUAUUCAAUCUAUAGAAUGAGAUUGGGUGCGUCCCCACAACAGAGUAGAUACAACUUGGAUUUCACUUUUAGGCACUACAAAAACCUGUUGGGUCAAAACUGCUGGAGGCUUAGUAAAUUUUUUAGAAUGCUUUCAUUUUUCUUCAGUUCAAAGCCAUGAUGUUUGGUAGAUUGAAGGCAAACAGUUCAUAAUUAUACGUAAAAGUUUGACUUAAAACAUUUCAUUUAUAAUUUUUAAGAAAAUUAACACCUCAUCUUCUCAUGAUUACCGGCCUACCAAAAUCAUUCCUCAUAUAUGUACGUCAAACUCAUUGAUCCUCAGGAAUCCAGAAAUAAUAUUUUUAUAAUUUACUUUCCACAAAUGAAGUAUGCUCAAAUUCACUUCGAAGAGGUGAAAUAAUUUCACUCGUAAAUACAUGCAGUGAAUCAACUUUUACUUUUGAGAAUUCGCUUGCAUUCAGUAUAACACUAUUUCUAAGGGCUCUUUAGGAUUGGUUGACCUAAUGGUCGUUUUAAGCUUGAUGGUCAGUUUCAGCUACAAUUCCUACAAUUAAUACAUACUUCCGGAUUCUCUAACCCACCUAAUUUUAUUUUCAAAGCACUGGAUGGCAACAGUCUAAAACU